GUGGAAAGGAGGAGGGAGGCGGGAGUAGAGGAAUGUACGCGGACUGUGACGGGACGCCGCACAACAACCACUCGUUCCCAAAAGUGGACUUGGAGGAUUUUUGUUGACUUGGUAGUCGCUUUAUUUGGUGGACACAACAAGUGGACUUGAUUCGAGUCGCGGACGACUUUCUCCCACUUAAAAAGUGCGACAUGAUGAGAAGAUGAUGGAACGAAAGAGGGUGAUGACUCAAUCGAAAAGGGAGCCCACUUUUCGGGGGGGACCGCUCGGUUCCAAUAGGUUCGUCUCGCUCUUGUUGGUCGUCUUGAUGGUCGCCGGUGGUCCAGCGAAGGUGGCCUGCCUGCGAGAUUUUGCGUUCGAGAAACCACUGGCCACCGUCCUCUCGUCCUCGGGCAAACCGGUGAGGCUCGAGUGCUCCUUGUUGGCCACGGUCGAUGAUGACGAGAUUCCGCCCAACGUGUCCUGGCUGAAGGAUGGCGAGCCGCUACCCUUUGCCGAAUACGACGACUACCAAAUGCCGGUCUUUGGCACGGGCCGCUGGAUUGUACACAGCACCCUCAGGAUUAAAAGCGUCCAACUUUCAGACAUGGGAAACUAUCAGUGCGCAGUCAAUUUGGGAAGCGAGCGGAUUUUGUCCACUAAGGGAAGCAUCCUGCUGGAAGGCCUUCCUCACUUCUCCACCGAGCCACAGCACAUGUCCGUGGUGGCCAAUGUGCCGCUGAGCCUGCAAUGCGUGGCACACGGACCGCCGGAACCGGUCCGAGUCAUCUGGCUUCGGGACGGCGCUCCUCUUAACACUGUGGACGACCCGGUGGCCCUGUCACCCUCGACGCUCAACAUCUCAGGUUUAAACCGGACCAGCAGUUUCUCCUGUGAGGCCCAGAACCGCAAAGGCGUGGCCGCCUCCGGAUCCGGCACUGUUACCGUGCUGCCGUCCGCACCUCACCACCUGAGAGCCGUUAACAUCACGCCCACCAGUCUGCUGUUGUCGUGGCAACCUGGCUUCGGCGGCGACUACCCGGUCAUCCGCUGCACCGUACAGAUCAAACAUGUGGACGAGUCGUUCCCCGGAGGUUCGGAUGACAUGAUUUGCAACCAGAAUGUGAACGUCCCCGCGCCAGAGUACCUGGCUGAGGACUUGGAGCCCCACAGACGCUACGCCGCCAGGGUGGCGUGUCACAGCAGUCAGGGGCCAUCGCGAUGGACAUCCUGGGUGGAGAUGUGCACGGCGGAAGGAGUGCCCGAGGAGGCGCCGGGCAACGUGACGGCGCUGGGCAACGGCAGCCUAGUGCUGCUGGCGUGGGAGGAGCCGGCGGGGAAGCUCAACGGAGAACUGCGCGGAUACUUGGUGGAGCUGAGCGUGCCCGACGACAAGCAGCUUCUCGUGGAUGCCGGCCUGGACACCGAGCUGUCAAUCAACCUGUCUGUCCCGCUCAGCAAUGUGACCUUCAAGGUGUGCGCAUACACGGGAGCAGGGCAAGGACCCUGGAGCCCCACGCAGACUCUGACGCUCGUCUCUCCUGGCCUCUCAUCCCCGCCGGCCUUUUCAUGGCACUGGUGGUACGUGGUGAUGGCCGCCACUGGCGCCGUAGCCCUUGGCGCGCUCAUGGCCGUGUACGUGGCUAAACUGCGGCGUAAGGAGACGAGAUUCGGUGAUGCGUUUGAGCCCAUGAUGCACAGCGGAGAGCUGGUGGUCCGCUACAGGGCGCGACGCUCGUACAGCCGCAGGACUACUGAGGCAACGCUGAACAGUUUGGGCAUCAGCGAUGAGCUGAGGCAGAAGCUCCAAGACGUGAUGGUGGACAAACACAAGCUGACGCUGGGCAAGACGCUGGGAGAAGGGGAGUUUGGCUCCGUGAUGGAGGGUCAGCUAACACAGGAGGAUUCUGUUCUCCGAGUAGCCGUCAAGACCAUGAAGAUCGCCAUCUGCACGCGUUCGGAAAUGGAGGACUUUCUGCGAGAGGCCACCUGCAUGAAGGAGUUUGACCACGCCAACGUCAUGAGGCUGCUCGGCGUGUGUCUGCAGACGGUGGAGAGUGAAGGCUUCCCUUCGCCCGUAGUCAUCCUGCCCUACAUGAAACAUGGCGACCUGCACACGUACCUGCUCUACUCGCGCCUCGGAGACUGUCCCGUGUACCUCCCGUCCCAGAUGUUGGUGCGCUUCAUGACGGACAUCGCCCGCGGCAUGGAAUACCUCAGCAACAAGAACUUCAUCCACAGAGACCUGGCCGCGCGCAACUGCAUGCUGAACGAGAACAUGAACGUGUGCGUGGCCGACUUCGGCCUCUCCAAGAAGAUCUACAACGGCGACUACUACCGGCAGGGGCGCAUCUCCAAGAUGCCCGUCAAGUGGAUCGCCAUCGAGAGCUUGGCCGACCGAGUCUACACCACUAAGAGCGACGUGUGGUCAUUUGGCGUCACCAUGUGGGAAAUCGCCACCAGGGGGCAGACGCCGUACCCCGGGGUGGAGAACAGCGAGAUCUACGAUUAUUUGAGGCAGGGAAACCGUCUCAAGCAGCCUCCAGACUGCCUGGAUAACAUCUACGCUCUGAUGUUCUCCUGCUGGUUGCUGAGUCCCAAAGAUCGUCCACCCUUCGAGUCGCUUCGCUGCGAACUGGAAAAAGCCCUCGACGACCUGCCCGACACCCAGGACCCGGACGAGAUCCUUUACGUCAACAUGGAGGAUUCCUCCAUGGAACUGGGAGCCGUCGGUGGCUGCGACCCCCUCGGGGGCUCCUCUCUGGGCCUCAAGAGCCUGGAGGUGACCACGGCGGAAGUGCACCAACCCAACCGCUACGUGCUGUGUCCCCAGCACGACAGUGGCCGAGUCCUGGCCGACUCCCUGGAGAGUCUGGAUGCUUCCUUGCCUUUCUCGGCCGCCACGCUGCCCCUGCGCUAUUCUCGACACGCCGCAACAGACGUAACUGGUGCUUCGACGCCUGACAUCGCCCGGGCGGCCACGCCCGCCAUGGUGCCGUUGGACGAACGCGAGUUGACCCAUAAGGUCGGCUGGCAGUGAUGAGCACAACAGGACUGAACCAUACCCACUAAGUCAGGGAAUGGAACCUCCUUAUACCGUCUGUGUUUGCGAGCAGUUUGCACACGCACGUGCACACACACAAAGGCAUUCCAUGAUAUACGUCAUUGAAAAGAAUGUAUUUCCAAUGUUAUCUUCAUUUUUAGUCAAAACACACAAAAAAUGUAUGCCAGUGUGUAGUUAGUGUCUCACCUAAAAUAUGGUUCUCCCGAAUAUUUUUUGGUGGGGGAGGGGGAGAUUUGGUACUCCUUUUUUGUUCCAUUUUCCACAUAAUGGAGACUUACUUGAACGCAUUCGAGGAUGACUCCAAUGACUAGGACUUAUCUCUUUUGUUUUUUUCUCCAAAACACAACAUGAUUUUCCUAGUUUAUGUUGUUUUUAGCCAACAAAAACAAAACAAACAUCCCAAAUGCAGUUUUUCCAUUUUCCACGCACACAAAACCCUGACUGCGUUCCACUGCGUAUAAACAGCAUGCAUAACCAAAUUGGGAUAAUUUUUCAUUCGUACAAAAACAAGUCACCUUUUUUCUUGCAUGUAUCCACCACAAAAACAAAUAAUUUGUAAAAUUUGGAGUUAACAUUGAUUUCUUGUUUACACAUACAUUCGCGCUGUCCAACAAAAAGCAUGUACCUCCGCAAAUUUUCAUUUUCUUGGCAGUUUACUUAAAAAGUAAUAGCCCACAAAAUGCGGCAAUACUUGCUUUUCAUUGGACAGUGAUAAAAUGAAGCAAAACUCAUUUUCUCUUGUUCCCUUCUCCCUAUUCCCCUAAGUUUGGUUGUGGACAAUUUGGCAUACAAAUGCGUCACCACGGCAACUCCUACGCACCUGGAAACCCCCUCCACUGAUGAUCUCCCAAAACGGAAGAAAUAGAAAUAUACAAUAACACUGCCAGGACUCCUUAAAGCCUUUGCUCCGCAGAGGUACCAAACAGUCCAACGUCCGAACUAUCUGAGGCGGACUUUAAAAAAAAAAAGAAAAAAGUCUUUUGUACGCUGAUUGUUUUUCUACUUUUCCAACUUUGCACUAAUGUCUUUUGUAUACCCACGUGUAAGAUUUUACAUUUUUUUUUACAUGAACUCCAUGUGAUGGAUGAGACCUGAAGAAUUUUGUUUUUUUAAUUUCAAGACGUCUGUUACGAGCACCCAAAAACUCUUCACCAGCUGCCAUCAUCAAUGCACUUAUUUGACAUGAUACAUGAUGUACUGUGCAUAUUGCCCACCAUCUCCAGCUUCAGGUCCGAGUACGCUCUUUGUCUUCACUUCAACAGACUUACACCCUCCGCCGCCCCCAUUACGAGUGCCACCGUUGGUAAGGCAAUAAAACCCAAAAAGUCAACUCCUCUGAUGAACUACAAACACUUCUUGGCCCAACUGGGAGGCAUGUGUCAUGCACUCGUAGCUGCUUGGAUCCUCCUAAUUACUAGUAUACCAAAUAGUUUCUAUUAGUGUGCAGAAAAGUCAUACAGUGGUGAAAAGCAAGUUUGGGGAUUGGGGGGGAGCAAAGUAAUGAGUACGACACCACCGUUCCUUGGCACCAUUUUACUAAAACGCCAAAUUGUCUUACUAGGGAGGACAAAGAGUAUACUCGUACAUGGACCUGAAUCUGAUAUAGAGAAUAGUGACAAAACCUUCUUAAGCAUACUAGGAGCACUACAUUACUAAUGUAGUGUAGUGUAAUGAUGAAAAAGUGCACUAGUUGACAACUGUGCCUACUACUAACAAUCUAAAAUUAUAUUAGUCAACACAUACCAGGUCACUAGUAUCGUAAGCAGUGCACAGAUGUCAACUAGUUUUGCAAAAAUGUCAUCUAGUCGUUGAGUGGGAAAAACAUUACAAGUAAGAGUUGUUCUCCUCGUAAGCUGCAAAUUAAGGAUAUUGAAGAAAUGCUUUCUACAGUUGACUGAAUUCCAGCCUGAACGAGGUACAUGAAAAGGUACUACGGUGGUGGGAGCUCUCGAGGUGAAAUGUAAUUUUUUGAAAGAUGAACUCAAGGCAAAUCCCCCCUCCCCACUCCAUUGUUUUCAAUGACAUUAUGGUAACCCCUGUUGUUGAAAUUGUCCUCGGGCUCGCAUUGCCAACAUCACGGCUCACCUGUUUUCUGAGUCUGGUCGCGCGAUGUUGGCGAUGCAAGUCAGAGGGCACUUUAAUGUCAAUUUCAUUCAACAGCAGAGGGUGGUGCAGAACAGAAUAGCGGCAGCACCCUAAAAUAAAUGAAAAUGGAUCAAUUAAUCUGCUGGAUUCUUAUUCCACAAAUGCAAUGUUAAUGUGAAUAUUGUGUUUCGAUUCAUGGGGUUUCAAAAGAAUGUUUGUCUUGAGUUCGCCUUGAACAAUGGUACUCUGCAUUUAUGCCUUCACCAGCGUUGUCCCCUCCCAUCUUGAAUGUAUAGCAAAUAUUCGUGUUCCCAUUAUGACCUGAAUUCAGGAAGUGCCUUCACCGAGCCACUAUGAUGCCUCCCGUCCACACGUUGACUGAAAACAAAAGCCUUUAUUUGUCAUGCUUGGAUGCUUUUUAUCUCCAGUAUUUUUUACAAAGAAAAUAAAUCUUUUGGUCUGA